AUGGCACGUUUUCUCGUCUUAAACGGCCCCAACAUCAACAUGCUGGGGCGCCGGGAUGCCGGCUAUUACGGUGUCAAGACGCUGGACGAGGUGAACGACGAGAUCAGGGCGGUAGCUGAUCGGCUGGGUGUGGAGGUCGAUUUCUUCCAGUCAAACCACGAGGGCGCGCUGGUUGACUGCAUCCAGGAAAACUGGGGCCGGAUGGACGGGUUGAUAGUCAACGGAGGCGCGCUCACCCACUACGGCCUUACGCUUAAAGACGCGCUCAUUGACUGCCGCCUGCCAUUUGUUGAGGUCCAUCUGAGCAAUCCGCUGGCCCGGGACGCCUGGCGGAGGCACUCGGUGCUAUCGGAUAUAGCCCGCGGCCAAAUUGCGGGCUUUGGGUGGAGAAGCUAUACUGCGGCCUUGGAAAUACUGGCCGCAUUGGUGGAGGAAGAGUCCCGAUGA